CGUGAAUCAUGUGUGUGUGUGUUUAAUUCAUGUGAAGAAUUAUUCUGUGGAUUGAAAGUUUGAAAUUAAAAAAUUAAUUUUCCAUGUCAAUUGUUUAUCGUUUAUCUCGUUUUUUAUCUUCACGUACUAUUGUACAAAAUAAUUAUCGUAAAAUGUUAAGCAAUAAUGUAUCAGCUCGUAUUAAUAUGAUUGUUAUGGGAAAUGGUGCUAUGAUGCAACCAUCAUUAAUUGUUACGUCGGAUAAAAUUAAUUACCUAUUUAAUUGUGGUGAAGGUACACAAAGAAUGAUCAUCGAACAUAAUAAAUAUUUGAAAUUGGGCAAACUUCAAAACAUAUUUUUCACUGGUACUUCAUAUGAAAAUUGGUCAGGUUUUUUCGGUCUUGUAUUGACGGUUGCCGAGAUAAAAAAUCAAUUCAGAUUUCAUGGUUCAAAACGAUUUGCAAAGAUCAUACAAAUGUAUCGACAAUUCCUACAAUCAGCUAGUAAAGUUGAACUUCAACAUGUUAUAACCGAUAAUGUUGAUACGGUCAUCGAUUUAAUCGAUGAUGAUGAUUUUCUUAUUCGUUCAUUAUCAUAUAAAGAAUCGACAGCAUAUAUUCUUAUUGCUAAAGAUAAAAUUGGAAGAUUAUUGAUUGAUAAAUGUAAACAAUUAAACAUUCCACCGGGUCCGAAAUUCGCUGCAUUAAAAAAUGGUGAAACAAUUGAAAUCGAUGGUAAAAUUAUUCAGCCAAAUGAUGUUCUUGGACCACCUGAACCUGGUGCAGCUAUUGUGAUAUUAGAAUGUCCACAAUACGAUUAUCUGAAUGAUUUUUAUCAAAAAAUUGAAAAUUUCAACCCAUAUGUAAUGGGAAAACAGAUUGAAUUAGUUGUUCAUAUGACACCAGCUAUGAUUGCCAAUAAUUCCAAUUAUCAGAGCUGGCUGAAAACAUUCGAUUCGAAUGUUAAGCAUUUAAUUUUAAAUGAAAAUUCUUGUUAUGAUCUUGGUCUAAUUUCAUCAACUGAAUUACAAAUCAAAUUAAAUCUACUUGAUAAUGAAAUAUUUCGAUCAUUAUCCGAACGACAAUCUUGUAUUGCUACUGAUGAAAAAUUCAAUUUUGAAUGUAAAAAAAUUAUUGAAAAUAUACCAAAUUUAUUUACAUAUCAAAUACGACCAAGAAAAAAAUUUGAAAUUCUUGAUUCAAAUUGUUGUUGGUUAGAUGUGAAAAAAAUUCAUGAAGAAAUUCUUGAACAACAAGAAUUUAAAGAUCGUCUUAAUGAAUAUAAAACAUUGACAAUAAAAAAUCAACAACAAAUGUCAUAUCCGAAUGUAUUAUUUCUUGGAACCGGUUCCAGUUCACCGGGUAAACAACGUAAUACCAGUGGUAUAUUAGUCAAUUUAAAUGAGGGAAAAUCUAUUCUAUUGGAUUGUGGUGAAUCAACUAUUUUACAAAUGAUUCGAUUUUUUGGUCAUGAUCAUUAUCGUCAAACACUACAACGUAUUAAUGUUGUGUUCAUUACACAUUAUCAUGCUGAUCAUCAUUUUGGUCUUAUUAAAUUGAUAAAAGAACGUUUAAAAUUAUCUGAUCAAUCAAAACCAUUAUGGAUUAUUGCACCAUAUUCAAUUCUAUCAUUUCUUAAUUAUUUUGAUCAAAAUUUUGAAAAUAUUUCCAAAGGUUUUUGUGGAAUUGCAUGUGAAACAUUAUCAUUCGAUAAGAUAACAAAAAAAUUAAAUCAAAAUGAAGAAAAACAAAAAUUAUUACAACAAAUUGAUUUAAAAGAAAUGGCAACCGUAUUAGUUCCACAUUGUUUUGAAAGUUAUGGUAUUAUAUUUGAAACAAAUUGUGGUAAAAAAUUUGCCUAUUCCGGUGAUUCAAUGUAUUCAGAUUCAUUUGAUUAUAUUGGUAAAAAUUGUGAUAUGUUAAUACAUGAAGCAACAAUGAAUGAUGAUCUUUGGCAAGAAGCUGAAUAUAAACGACAUUCAACAAUAUCACAGGCAAUAAAUGUUGGACGAAAAAUUGAUGCAAAAUAUACAGUGUUAACACAUUUUUCACAACGUUAUGCAAAAAUGGCACCAAUCAAUCUAAUUGAUGAUGAAUUAUUGGCAAAUUAUAUUGAAAAACAAGUUGUUAUUGCAUUUGAUUUUAUGCAAAUUUCAUUCGAAAAUUUAGCCAAUGCUGCACGAUUAAAAUAUCCAUUGGAAUUAUUAUUUGAUGAAGAAAUACAACGAAUGCAGAAUGUUGUUUCGAAACGUAAUAAUAAACGUAAAUUAUUAUCGGAAGAAUUUUCCUAAUAUUAUUUUUUUUGUUGAAAAUU